AUUUGAAUGAAAAGUUUUUAAAAUUGAAACAAAAUUUAAAAGUUUUGAUUUUUAAAGCUAAUUAUGUUUGUAUGACUGCUGAUGUAUGGACAAAUAAGGCGCGUAGCUUCCUUGGUGUAUCAAUUCACUUUUUGGAUGAAAAUCUCGAUAGAAAGUCGUAUUUAUUAGCUUUUCGUCGAGUUUAUGGACGCCACACAUACAUUGUUUUGGCUGAAAUGAUUUUAUCUAUCCAGAAAGAAUUCAAUAUUAAACGAUCGAAAGUGACACAUAUUGUGACUGACGGAGCCAGUAACUUCCGAAAAGCAUUUUCCAUUUUUGGAGCUCCCGAUGGUAUAUGUGAAGGAAGCACUGAUGAAUCGGCCAAUGUACAUAGCACUUCUAUUCAAAACGAAGAUGAAGAAGAAGAGUUAGAAAUUGAAGAGGUGCUUGCACCCGAAGUUGUCGAAGAUUCACUCUACUUUCCACCAGAGACCAUUUCAGAAUCAUUAAAUUUUCAUGUAAUAAAUGACGAUGAUGAAGAUGAUUGCGAUGAAUAUUUACAUCUUCCGAAACAAGAAAGAUGCAUGGCACAUUCACUCAAUUUAUUAGGCACAACAGAUUUUGAAAAAAAUUUAAAAAUAUCAUCGCCGAGAUGCUUUGAUAUAUUGACGUCUGGUUAUGGAAAAUUGAAAAAUUUUUGGGCAUUAAAUAGUAGAUCUACAGUGGCACAUGAGAUUGUUUUUAAUGUUUGUAAAAGGAGUUUUCCGUGCCCAAAUGCUACCAGGUGGAAUUCAAAAUUUGACGCUAUUACUGUUGCCGAGAAGCACAAAUUAUUAAUUAAGAAUGCAAUCGACGAAAUAAAUAAAGAAGUAAAUAAAAAUAUUGGGGGCAAACGAUCAAAAAAACUUGAACAGUUAUCGUCUAUGGAAUGGAAAGUUUUGAAAGAUUAUUCAAAUACACUGAAACCAAUUGCGAUUGCAUUAGAUAUUUUGCAAGGAGAUUGCCGUGCUUGUCAGGGCUAUGUAUUGCCUACAUUAUACGCUAUAAAAGCAAGCUUCGAGACGAAUAUAAAAGAAAAAAAUUUCACUUCUGAUUAUGGAUUGAGUAUGAAUGAAUGCUCUUUAAAAUGCCUGACCACUCGAUUCGAAGCAAUUAUGAAAUUUAAUGAGGAAAAUAAGGAAUUAAUAUUGGCAUCAGUGAUUCAUCCUAGUUUUAAAAUUUCGUGGAUCGAGAAUGAAAGAGAUAAAGAAUAUGCUCAAACUUUACUGAUAAACACAUACAUUGAUAUGGCUAAUGAUAAACAAAAACGUCCACCAAAUGAUAGCAGCCAAUAUGAAAAGACUCAAAACAAUUCAGCGGAAAGUCAAUUUUUCAAAAGAUUGCGUCAAGGAGAGAGAAGGACAUGUACUGAUGACACUUUGACUUUGGAUGUGUGGAAGUAUUUAUUACAAUCAAUUGAAGAUCCUAAUUUAGAUCAAGUUCGUGGAGUGCCCAUUUUGGAAGAUAUUUUUCGACGAUAUAAUACAACACUAUCAUCCAGUGGAGUAAUAGAAAGAAUAUUUUCCAAAGCGUUGCUAGUAUUCACGCCAAGAAGAAAUCGGAUAACUGAUACAAACUUUGAAAAAGCGCUUUACAUACAACAAAAUCGAGAUCUGUUGCUGUGAGUGUUCUCAAAAAAUCCAAUAUGAACGUGUAUGUGCGAUGUUGGUAGCGGUCUAUGAUUAGGUGUCUUGAAUAGAUUCCAUUGGACAAACGGUAUGGAGCCGGACUUGAAUGAAAUGAAUUGAUUCAGUACAUUAUAUCAACUAAAAGAGCAAUGACAUUUCGUGAUACCCAAAACAUAACAAAAAACCC